AUGGCCGUAGUAAUACCAAGCGUCGAUCGGCUAUUGCUUUCUUUCUUAACAACCUCCGGGUUCAAAACAACGGCCACCUCGCGCGAUCCAGAGCCCCAUGUUGGCCCUAUGGACGGUAAACGAUCGCUGCCCCUCGGAAAGGGGACGGAGGGCAAGAAACGAAAGGAUCCCCAGGCAGUAACUAAGGACACCAAAUCUCGACCCCACGGUGGACGACCCACGACAACGGCGACGACGACGACGACGACCGGGCGCUCUGCGAAACGCGUCAAAUUUCAGGAUGCCCGCAACAUCCGCACCCAGCCCUCGGAUGCAGCCCUCGAAGAUGGCAAGCUUGAUUUGCAGAAAUUCCUCAAUGCCCGCGAAUUCGAGAUCAAGGCCCUCGAGAACAGCAUGCGCAAGUGCAAGGCCGUCAAUGCAACCCGCGUGUUCCAGCAAGUGCCUCGGGCCAUGCGGAGGAGGACCGCAAGUCACAAUGCCAAAAGGGUACCAAAGAGGCUGCGCGAGCGGGCCAAGAGGGAGAUGUGGGAGGACAACACCCCAACCGUCGAGGCUAGAAAGCGCCGCCCUCGCACCACCCGGGCCCGCAUCCGCGCCGAGACGGCCAAAAAGCUAGGCAUCCUAGCUGCGAGGAAAAGGAAGAGGCUGCUCGAGAAAGCCGUCGCCGAAGGAACCAAGACCGCAGGAGGGUCGAAACCAACCGUGCACACCAGGCUAGCGAGACCCAAGAUUCGGCGCGACAUGCUCAACGAACCGCCCAAGGUCGAGUCCAAGUUUAGAAAACGACAAAUGAACAAGACGUGGCUACCGACACACCUCUGGCAUGCGAAGCGGGCCACCAUGACCGAACCAAGCAAACCGUUGUGGCGUUUCGCUGUCCCCCUCACCCCAACCGAGAAAUGCUAUCGCCCAACCCAUCGUGCCUCGGGCCAGAGAGGUGUAGUGGUGUGGGAUAUGAGCUACAUGAGCACCAUUGGUUUAUAUGGGACAGCUGAGGGUGCUGAGCGCGUCCUGAAGGGCUUGGGACUGACACAGGAAAGCGCUUGGGGGGCUAGGGGACAGAAGUGGAGGGCCGGCGUGCGGAAAUGGACGGGUAUUCUCAGCAAGCAGGUCAAAGACUCAAGACGGGAUAUCGGGCCUGCAACCAUCGUCUGGAACCCCCAAGCACCCGCCCAGACCGACGAUGCUAUGGACUUGAGCCGCCCAAAGAAGCCGCAAAGACAGCUGUUGAUUCGCACUCACCCAUCCUGCUUCCUCGAGCUAUUCCAGGAACUCCUUACCCUUGCGAAGAUGCAAAAGCCUCGGCUUCAUCUCGAGGAUCUGCGCUUCGAGAUCGGGAGUAUCGAGCUCACCGGCCCUGCAUCCACCGAGGCGCUGCUUGGCAUCCUUCAACCUUACUGUGGCGAGCCAGGCAACCAGGAGCGUCAUGGCCAGGUUUUCCAGUCUCUUGCCGGCGUCGCAAACCCCGCUUCCCUCCCUAGGGAUGCACUUCUCGCCUUUUCGGUGCAAGACCCUCGGUUGGCGUAUCCACCAAAAAGAGCCAACAUACCACUGGGUGGCGGUGCUGAUGGGCCUCUUGUCGAGAUGCUCACAAAAUGGCCGGUCGAAGAGGGUUUGAAGCCAUCUGAUAUCUUCAGCCGGGAUUGUCGAUUUAAGGCCUCACAGUUGCCUUCCCAAAAAUCCAUCAACCGCCGGAGAGGGGCGAACGCCCCCGGAGAAACUCUCCCGGUAACCGCCGCCGACCCUCCCAUUCCUGUCAUGCUGCUCGCCUCGAGGCCGUCUACCGAUGGACAGGCGCAAGGCACGUGGACAUUAUUGGCGCCGUGGAAGUGUAUCAUGGCCUUUUGGUAUACUCUUAUGCGUUGCCCCCUUUCGAGCGGCGGCAACCCCAGACUGGGCGGAUUAAAUGAGCAGAGACAAAUCGCGUUUGAGCACGGAGCUCCGUGGUUCCCUGGCGACUUCCCAGCGACCGACGCCGGGCGCGACUGGGAACUGGAGCAGCGAGUCAAGCGAAAACAGGAUUGGGAUCGCCGCCCGAAGGGCAAGAGGGUCGAGUGGAGGUCGCUCGACCUGGGCGCUGGUCGGAAAGGCGAAACCGGAGACGGUUUGGCUUGCGAUUUCGAACAUUUGUUUGCCCUCUCCCAAACGACCAGUUCGUCGAUCCCGGAUGGGACCGAGAUGGAUAUUGAUCCCCCGGAACGGUCGGGAGAGUCCGCGCCCGCGAAAGUCCCCGAACCUUCAGGAGUGGCCUUGGGCUUAAUUCGAUGCCUAUCAAAGACGGCUUUCACCUCGCUUCUCGGAUUACUCAAUCCAGCCAAGCCUCCUACGAACUCUAUCGUCACAAUUCAUUUAACUUUUAUCGCAAGAGGCGUCGCAAACAACUGCGCCAGGAUCUACCGGUUACCUUCCCGGAAGCCAAGGAUCGCCGACCCCUCUGACGACGCCGAAGUUCUCGCAUCCGACCCAACGUCAACCCACUCGUCGGGAUCCCUCCCUCGAGAUUUGAGGGACCAGUGGCUUCGGGGGCUGCCGAACUCUUCCAGGAACAGGGGCCACGAUCGUAGAUCCCGAUUGGGGGUGCCCCCACAGAUGCCCCCCGGCAUCGACAUGGAGACACGCAAAAAACUCUUAGCACAAUCACUCAUCGCGACAGAGCUCCCUUACCCCAAACCGGCUGCCAAUGAGCUCGACGUUGGCGGGCACCACCCCUUGUGUCCGGACACGGAGGACCUUCUUGGUUUUGUGACGACAGGCGCCUUCAGUCUGAGCGAGGGCAGGGGCACGGCCAUUGGCUCCAUCUCGGCAGAAAAGGCUCUCGAGUCGGUACUAGGGGCGGGGGCGAAGGAAGGGAAGCUCUGCAUCGUCAGGAACGCGGGCGAAAAUGUGGGUUGGCUGGCGAGAUGGGAACUUGUUUGA